AUGGAUGUGUAUACCUCAAAGCAGGUCCAAGCAGUCAAUGGAACAGAUGUCCGCCUGAAAUGUACAUUCAGUUCCUCGUCACCUUUAGGCCUAGAUGUUACGGUGUCCUGGACGUUUCGCCCUUUAGCAGGAGGCAGUGAAGAGUCUGUGUUCUAUUACCACAGAAAUCCAUUUCCACCAACUGAAGGACGUUUUCUAGGACGUGCAGUCUGGGAUGGAAAUAUUCAGCGCAGUGAUGGAUCUAUAAUAAUUAGGAAUAUCCAGGAAUCAUAUAAUGGAACUUACCUAUGCCAAGUCAAGAACCCUCCUGAUGUGCAUGGAGAGAAUGGGAGAAAUUUUAGUCAAAGUGGUUGA